CUAUGUGAAUACACAGUGCAAUUGUAAUUCACACAGACAUCCCUGAUCAGGCUUUAAAUUGCCGGGUUCAGGCACUGAUAGCGGCGCUGCCCUGUUGCUGUGGGGCUGAUCCCGCUACACAAACCCACAAAACCUGCCCUAGAGGGUAGGCGCCUUGCAGCCCUGGCACUGGUGUGAGCGGGUUUCAGGCAGCCUGGUGAUGUCCUGGCAGUGCCCACCCAAACCCCAGGCACACCUCAGACAUGUCCCAUGGCUACAGGGAUGUGUCCCGAGGUGCUCGCUGCCAGCUACCUGCACAGCCGCUUGUUCAUGCUGCUGUCAUCCCGGUCCCAAGUGACAGCUGUCUGCGGCGGUGCGCCCUGUCUGGGAGCUGUCCGGAGCUCCCUGGGAACUGGGUGGGGAUGCCGGCGGAUGCCUGAAUCACGCCUUUAUCGUUACUACACCCACAGGCACCUCUCUCCCAGGUGAGGCAGCCAUCUGUUAAAAACCGAGGGAGGACGGAGGCAGCUCUCAGAGGCUGCUGCGACUGCGGGUCAGCCGCAGGUAGCGCCGGGGAGAGCCCUCGCCGCCAGCCAGGUGUGUCCUUGUCCUUGCCAGUAUGGAGUCUCGCUGCCAGCUUUGGCCAUGGGCAUUAUUUCUCCUCCUGGCCUCUCUGCGGCUGCUGGGCGCGCAGCACGACUGCUCCAGCGGCGCCUGCUACCCCCCCGGGGGGGAUCUCCUGCUGGGACGAGUCCAGCACCUGAGAGCCUCCUCCACCUGCGGCCUCACCAAGCCCGAGACGUACUGCACGCCCCACGGAGAGUGGAACAUGAGAUGCUGCAGGUGCGACUCCCGGCUGCUGCACUCACACGGGCACCGCGUCGCAAACGUGCUGUCCUCCGCCGGGCGCUCGCGGUGGUGGCAUCCCAGAGCGGUGAGCAUGGAGCGCGUCUAUUUGCAGCUGGAUCUGGAUGAGAAGUUCCAGCUCAACAGCAUCGUGCUUGACUUCAGGUCGCCGCUGCCCACCGCGAUGCUGAUCGAGCGCUCCACCGACUUCGGCAAGACCUGGGAGGUGUACCAGUACCUGGCCUCCGACUGCGCCGCUGCCUUCCCCCACGUCCCCCGGGGCUCCCCCGAGAGCUGGGGGGAUGCUCGGUGCCAGGCGCUGCCGGCCCAGCACGGGUACCCUGCGCACGGGGGCAAGGUGAAAUUCAGUGUCCAAGAUGUGGCAUCUACCAUUACUACCUCGUACAGCCAGGCCGUCAACGAGCUGGGGCAAUUCACCAACCUCAGAAUCAACUUCACCCAGCUCCCGCACGUCAUGCGCCAGGGCUACCGCUCGCCCAGCACCUUCUACGCCGUGACGGAAAUGCAGGUGCUGGGAAGCUGCUUCUGCAAUGGCCACGCCGACCGCUGCGCCCCUUCGGGAGACCCACACACCAUGGUCCACGGACGCUGCGAGUGCCAGCAUAACACCGCCGGCCCCCACUGCGAGCGCUGCGCUGCCCUCUACAAUGCCCGCCCGUGGGCCCCUGCGGAGGACAACGACCCCCACGAGUGCCAGCGGUGCAACUGCAACGGCCACUCAACCUCAUGCCACUUCGACCCGGAGGUUUUCCGCAGCAGUGGCGGGGUGAGCGGGGGUGUCUGUGACAACUGCCAGCACAACACGGCGGGGAACAACUGUGAGCGCUGCCAAACUAACUAUUUCCGCAACCAGCGGCAAGAUCUUGCCCACCCUGAAGCCUGUCUGCCCUGCGAGUGCGACCCCGAUGGCACAGUGCCGGGCUCCAUCUGCGACCCGCUCUCGGGGCGCUGUGUCUGCAAGGAGAACGUGCAGGGCGAGCGCUGCCACCUCUGCAAGCCGGGCUUCGCCCAGCUGGCCCACGCCAACCCCAUGGGCUGCCGCAGAUGCUCCUGCAACGUGCUGGGAACACGGCAGGACAUGCCCUGCGACGACGAGACGGGGCAGUGCUCCUGCCUGCCCAACGUGGUGGGCACCGACUGCGAUCAGUGUGCGGCCGAGCACUGGGACAUGGCGAGCGGCCGGGGCUGCCGGCCCUGCGACUGCCACCCCGGCGGCUCCCUCAGCACCCACUGCAACCAGUUCACAGGACAGUGUUCGUGCAGAGAAGGCUUCACGGGGCGGACGUGCUCUGCCGCGCAGCAGGAGCAGGCCUGCCCAGACAGGCACUAUGGAAACGUCAGGGUAGGGUGCACAGAGUGCAACUGUGACUUCCAGGGCACGGAGGACGUGGGGUGUGAUAAGUCCACUGGCCGCUGCCUCUGCCGCCCGGGCGUCACCGGCCCUCGCUGCGACCAGUGCCAGCGGGACCACUGCAGCACCUACCCCAGCUGCGAGCCCUGCCACCCCUGCUUCCACGUCUACGACGGUGACAUCCAGCGCCUGCGCCUGCGCCUGCACCAGUCUGUCCUGAGCAACUCCAGCGUGCUGCUGCCCGGGGGCACCGGGGGCUCCCGCCUGGGCCCCCGCCUCUCGCAGGCAGAGGGCAUGGCGCGGCAGGCACAGGGCAUCCUCGGCCGCUCCCCUGGCACCGAGCAGGGCCUGGCCCAGGUGGGCAGUGCGCUCGCUGCCAUCAGAGAGCAGAUGCAAGGCAUCAACCCCAACUUUCAAUUUCUGGAUGUGACUGCCUCUCUAUUGAGCGAGCUCGAAGCCCUCAACAGCAGCCUGGUUAUUAUUAACAACCAGUAUCAGAGCAAGAAGACCCAGUUUGAAACCAGCCGCAGCACAGAUCUGUCAGGAGCCUUCCAGACGAUCAGAUCUGCUUACCAGACGUCCGCCAAUGCCAGCGGCCUCGUCGCCGGCGCUGCCGCGCUGCUGGCACAGUCCAGGGAGAACCGCAGGAACGCCGCGGCGCUGGAGGGGGCGGCCAGCGCGCACAGCGCCAAGCUGCUGGCCCUCAGGGCCGAGGUGGCCGUGUCCCCCAACCUCACCCCUGCAGUGAACAAGAUCUGCGGCGGCUUCCGAGUGGAGAAGUGCACUCCUGCCCAGUGCGAGGGGCUGCUCUGCCCACGAGACAACGGCACGGCCUGCGGGGCCGGCCUCUCCUGCCGCGGUGCCUUCCCGCGGUCCGCCGGGGCCCUCGGCAUGGCUACCAAGGCCGCCGGGGAGCUGGGCAGCCUGAGCGCGCGGCUGCGGGACACGGCGCAGCUGAUUAAAACAACGGAGACAUCUGCUAAUCAGAUUCAGAGCAAUGUCCGGCGGCUGGUGGAGCAGAUGAGCGUAACAAGAACCCAGAUUGAGGGAGACGUGCGGCGCAUCCAGCAGUUCAUCCAGCAAGUGCGAAACUUCUUGUCAGACAAAGACACGGACCCUGCUACAAUCCAGGAAAUCAGUGAGUUUGUUCUCUCGCUACAUCUCCCCACGGAUGCUGCUGCAGUCCUGAGAAAAAUGACUGAGAUCCAAAAUUUGGCUACUAAACUGCAGUGCCCAGAGAGCAUCCUGGCCCAGACAGCCGAGGACAUCGCGAAGGCCAAGCAGCUUCAGCAGGAGGCAGAACAAGCCAGGAACCGGGCAAAUGCCGUGGAGGGAGAUGUGGAAGAGGUGGUUGGGUAUCUGAGACGAGCAAACACGGUGCUGCUGGAGGCCCAGGGGGCUAUCAGGGGCUCCAGUUCCUCACUCCGGUUCAUCCAAGAGCGUGUUGAGGAAAUCGAGGCCGUUCUUGGCCCAGCCGAGAGGAACGCGCAGGCCGUGGCGGAGCAGCUGGCGGCGCUGAGGGAAGGGCUCCGGCAGCUGCAGCAGGCGGCGGGGCAGAACCGCCUGCGGGCCAGCGACGCGCAGCGGGUGGCGGCGGCAGCGGGUGAGAAGGCCGGCAGCGCGCAGCAGUCUUUCCAACAGGUGAAACAAAUGUACGCUGAACUGAAGAGUAGGAUGGAACAGAGCCCAGCGCUGGGAGGGCAAGGCAGCCGGGUGCAGAGCAUAGACCAGGAGGCAAAAGAUCUGUUUGAGGAAACUUCGGCCAUGAUGCUUAGGAUGGCAGCUUUAGAGACAGAAAUUCAGGAAAGCAACAGAGCCUUGUUGUCCAAGUCAGCCAGGCUGUCAGGCCUGCAGGAGCGGGUGGGCAGGAUUCGGGAUGCCAUCAGCAAGCGAGUCGCCUACUACGACAGCUGCUCCUGAGCGAGGCGGUGCCUUCCUUCACUGCACACACUGGCUGGAGUAUUUACUCCCGUUUUCUGGCUGCAGUUCUCAUGUUCCUAACGUCUGCAUAUUUAGCAAAUGGAAUUUCUGUCCCUCUGGAGAGGAGCUGCAGUGAAACCAUGGAGAGGUUCACGUUGGACAGACUGGCUGAAGCUGCCUGUGCUCAGAGGAAAGGGGCAGAGACAUCCAUCAUUAACUGCAAAUAAUGAAUACGUCUGCAACGUUGUUAUUUCCAGAAGGGUUUAUAACCACCUCCCCCCCCCCCCCCCCCCCCCCCCCAAAUUCUUUUUCAUGUUUUAGCCAAUUCAAACUCUUGUAGCAGGAUUUCGCUGUUCAAAUUAAAACCCUUGUUUGGGGCUUUUCACACUGCA